ACUUAUUAAAUAGGUGGUGAUAAUGGAAGUAGUCCUUAAGCAGGAAGACUGGCUUGAUGAUGUUAUUACUAUGAAAGAUUUGUUGACCGCGAUGGAUUGUGAUGAUAUUUUGACUCAAAAGCAGCUCAGCGAAGAUUGCACAUUCAUUGUCCAAUGCAACUCGUGCCUCAACCUUUUCCGGUCUCUGCAGGUCUACUUUGAGCACAAAAAACAGUGCGGAGAUGAGGAAAUUGAUGACGAGGAUGUCAAUUUUGGGCAGAAUGCGACCUCACCUACCGGAACUCACAUGCAGCUCCCACAUUCCACGGUCACAAACAACCAGCCUUUGCUUGAAGAUUUACCUGAACCAGCUGACUUUCCGCAGACACAGUCUCGCUACAGUUCCCAGUUCCCAUUUAGUGAGCGCAUUCAGAAAAGCACGCAAGACUCUAGAGGCGACACUGUGAUGUCUGCAUCUUCAGCGAGUAGUGAUCUUCGCGACAAGAUUCGAAGAGACAAACGCAACAGCGAAAACACAGGAAGUCAAAUUUCAAAUAGAGAGCAACCAAAUUCCCAGUCGUUUGCCGUUUCGACUGAAUUGCAAGAAAAUGAUUAUACGCAACAAAAGUUACCUGACGACGAUGAAUUAGUAAAUGUUGUCGAUGAUCCGCAACAGUUUGCUUUGAGUGAAAGGUCAAAUUUAAGCCCGGGGUCAAGGUUACAUUUCAAUGGAGGUUAUGCAGAGCUAGUCGAAUGUCCAAACUGUUCCGAACUUUUCCCUUCAAUGCACGAGAAAGACCAACAUUUAAAACUUGAAUGUCCUGCUUUAGUUCAAAGAGCAGAAAGUAAUGAUAAGACGACUGUAGUUGGAGCCGAAUCUGUAAAUGAGGAACAAGAUGAGCUUAAUACAUUAGUCUCGACCUUGAAUUUCUCGGGGAAAAGAAAAAAUCGGUUCAAAUGCAACGACUGCGAAACUACCUUUAGUAACAGAGGCAGUCUAGUUCGUCAUAAAUCAGUGCAUAAAAUAAACAAAGGUAAACAACCGUAUGCUUUGGAGUGUUCCUAUUGUCACAAAAGGUAUGCAAAUGAACGCACAUUAACUAGGCACCAGAAAUUUGUCCAUGGUUUGCAUGAGUCUAUGGGUCUUGGCGCUUCAGUAGCAAAAAACUCGCUGAAAAAACCGCUAGUUGAUAGAUUCAAACAUAGCAGAAAAUUAGCAAAAGGAAGAGAAAAUCGAAAACCAAAUGUCGAGGACUCAGUUGAACAAGACGUGAACGAUUUACUACAAGAUCUCGAAGGUUCCGAUGGCGAAAAAGCAACGCAUCUUCACAAAUCGAAAACUCCGGGAGAUGUUAUAACAAAUCGAAUAUCAGAUGUAGAAUUGUCCAUUUAUGUUGACAUAGAAACCAAACAGUGUCUUAUCUGUCUGGGGCGAUAUGCGACGAAAACUCUAGUUCUGCAACAUAUUAGAUCGGUACAUGCGGAUAAUAUACGUGCCAUUGAGAACAACAUCGAACCGCCGAACGAGAAAAAUGUGAAUUCUCAGAAAGAAUUAAUAGAACAAUUUCCAACAGAGGCGAAUAAUAUUCUAAAUACAAGUACGAAACGAGCUUUCAAAGCGAUCGAAACAGUUGAUUUGGAAUCGCCGUGUGUAUCAGAUCAAGAAUUCAGCGAAGAUUUUGAAUCAAGUAAACUGACUUGUGCAAUUUGCGGAAAGAGGUUUGAUCUAAUAGCUGAUUUUGAAAAACACGUAAUGCUGCCGCAUAAAAUUGAAAUAAAAAAGCGAUAAUGUGUGGCGUUUAUGUAGUGUUAGUAUAUUGGUUUGUCAAUUUGAAGUUGUGUAGAAAUUUAAUUUAGAUUGUCUCUGAAA